AUGUCUUCAGACGAUAGUUUGAGUGAGGAAGAUUCGAGAACUGGUGCCCGCGAAAGUGUGUCUGAAAAUGAAUCUGAAGCUGAGCGAGAACAGCAGCGGCGAAGCAUUCGUUCCUCUUCUUCGCGUGAUACUAAUAUUGAUGAGGAAUCUGUUUAUAAGCGAGAGAAAAGUUCUACACCGGAAAGAAAUAGUUCGCCUCCAUCAGAACGACAGCGAGAUGUCAUAAGAACGAGUGAUGAAGGGUCGGAGGCUAGCAGUGACUCCGAAAAACAUUCUGAAAUAGCCGAAGAUUCAGAUGCCUCUUCGGAGCGAGAACCAAUUCCUUCGGUUUCUGACGAUUCAGAUGCAGCUUCGGAAAGAAUUCCGGAAACUGCAAGAGAUUCAGAUGGCAGUGAGAACGAUAACGAUGACAAUAGUUCCUCAGAUGCAAAUCAAAGCAGUAAAAAUCAGAAAUUGAGAGAUAUUUCCCUUUCUGGCAGUGAAAGCGAUAAAGAAAGUGAUAGCGAAAAAAAAGAAUUAACGGAAGAUGAUAUUGUUGGACCGCGUUUGUAUCCUGAUCCGGAAGCAUGCACAGUUGAUUCCGAACACCUUGAACCCACAAUUGUUGAAGUUAACACAGCCAGAAUUUGCCCGAAAUUCACUGAUGAAAAACUGUAUUUUGUCAAAUUCCCAAAUUUUUUAAGUAUUGAACCACGGCCUUUUGAUCAAGAGCAUUAUGAGGAUGAAUUUGAUGAAGAUGAUUUAUUAGAUGAGGAAGGAAGAGCUCGAUUAAAGCUUCGAGUAGAGAAUACAAUUCGAUGGCGUUAUAUUUUGGAUGACUACGGUAAUAUUCAGAAACAAGGAAAUUCGAAAAUUGUACGUUGGUCUGAUGGAACCAUGUCUCUUUAUCUUGGUGGGGAAAUAUUCGAUGCAACAGUACAGCCAAUGCAGCUUGAUAAUCAUUUGUUUUUACGGCAGGGUGCUGGCUUACAGGGACACGCCGUUUUUAGAGAAAAAUUAGUUUUUCGACCGCACUCAACUGAUUCUAUCACGCAUCGCAAAGUUACUUUGUCCAUGGCUGAUCGAUCCAAUAAAUCUCAAAAAGUAAAAGUCUUAACAGCCGUGGGUUUGAAUCCAGAGUCGAAAAAAGCGGAAAUAGUCCGAAAAGAAGAAGAACGUAUGCGUGCUCAAAAUCGCCGUGAAGCGCAACAAAGGCGCAGUAGAAUGCGGCCCUCUUUGGGUCGGCCAGGAUUGACAGCUAAUUUUCUAGAAGACAGAGAUGAGGAGUCUGAAGAAGAAUCGAUAGCAUCGAUCAAGAAUCGCUAUAAGCAUGGCUUAGAUGAUAGACCAUUAAUUGGUCAUUCAGAUUCGGAAGACUCUGAUUCCAAGCGACUACAUGAUGCAAAAAUGGACAGCGAUGAUAGUGGGAGUGAUCAGGAGAGGAAAAAAAAUAAGAAGAAAAAAGUUAUCAUUGAUGAUGAUGAUGAUGAUGAUAAUUAG